UGAAAAUAGUUUUGCUUAUUUUAUACUUAUAAAACGUAUCAAAAACUGUUAUUUGUGCCAUUACAAAAAUAUUAUUCGUAUUAAAAAUGGAGGAGAGAAGGAAAAGCAGAGUAUCGAUGCAGGUCCUGAAGAGUCAAUCUAUGGUGAGAUCGACGGGAGACAUCGGUCCAAAUUCCAUCAGCAGGCUUAGGCUGAGAAAGGCAUCAUUCGGGUUUACCGGAGUUCCAGGGAUUAGACCAAUUGAAAGAACAUCACAGGUUGGCAUGGAGUUUAGACGACCUCCAUUACUAUACUUGAACACAUACCAGUUGGACCCUAGAACGAAAUUCGAAAACGAAAUAGUGGAAAUAGAAACUAAUAAAAUAUUAGAUGAAACUUUUACCGACCACAAGUAUAAUGAUCAAGAGACUCCAAACUUAGCCUUGCGUAUAGCAGGUGAAGUGAUGCGUAAAAUCAAAGAUCUUAAUUUUAAUCGUUAUAGAAUCAUAACUGUUGUAACAAUCGCCCAGAAGAGGGCGCAAUGCUUUAACAACGCUAUUACAUUUCUUUGGGACCACGAGCGUGACAGCUACGUCGACCUCAGACGAGAGGUCAACACAGCAAUUAUACAAGUUACGACGUUCGGUAUUUAUUUGGAUUGAUUUUUUUUAAUAUAUUUAAAGACUUAUUAGCCUUAAACUUAGAUUAAAAUCUGUUGAUGAUAAUGCAGUAGAAAUGUGGCUUUGCCUUAAUUUAUUAAAUAUGAUGCCUAUAGGAGCAUUAAACUGGUCACAUAUUUGCGUACUGCAAUAUUGUUGUAUAUCGCGUGAUCAUAAUAUGUUCUGUCCUGUUAAAUUAGAGUUACAUUUAUUUAAUUAUGUUUUUUCUUAUAAUCCCGAUUUAUUUUUGUUUGUCUAAUCGGAAUA